UUUCUGGAGACGGCCGGGUAUACAACCUGGUCCUUCGCCUUGUCUUGAUACGGAUUGGGGCUUUACGUUGCGUUUGACUCGGCGGGUUCACAUCGCUUGGAGACAUUGAUUUGGUCGAUCAUUGGAGACUGGGUCGGACACUCUACGAUUCAGAGAGCAAGACACGAAGCAAAACCUCCAGUCCGGACGAAGGAAAACCAUGCCCUGACACGCUGAAGGAAGCAUUGGCAAAACUCAUAAAAUGGCUCCGAACGCUCGACAACCCACGGCCGACCCGUUCGACCGCAGGAGUCAUUUGCCCAUGGCCAAAGAAAUUCCAAUCACCGGGCCGUCUACCCAACGAUCCAUCAUCUUCGAUCCCAUCCAGGAAAUCUGCUCCGGCCGCGAAAUUCACAUGAACACAUCCUACCACUGUAUCUACGUCCCUCCUCCUGCUCCGUCCGCAGUCAACCCAUCCACAUCAACUUCAUCCUCCACAUCCAUCUCGAAGACCUCCUCGACUGGACCUCCACGCUCCGCUUUGCCGCCCAGCCCUUGCCAAAAUGCCUUGACCCGAGCAGCUAAAUCCGAAGCCCUCCUCCACGCCACCAC